AUGGCAUCUUUUGGACUUGAGCUGGCCGGCAUCACCCUGGCAGUGUUGGGGUGGGCUCUCACUGUGACCAGCUGUGCCCUUCCAAUGUGGAGGGUCUCGGCCUUUAUUGGCGCCAACAUCGUCACUGCUCAGGUGUACUGGGAGGGUCUGUGGAUGAGUUGUGUCUUCCAGAGCACGGGCCAGAUGCAAUGUAAAAUCUACGACUCGAUGCUGGCUUUACCUCAGGACCUCCAGGCUGCCAGGGCACUCACAGUUGUUGCCAUCCUAGUGGGGUUGAUUGCUCUCCUCAUUGCCAUGGUGGGAGCCAAGUGCACCAACUGCAUCGAGGAGGAUGGGGUUAAAGCCAAGGUGAUGAUCUCUUCUGGAGUGGCGUUCAUCAUAGCAGGUCUGGCUCAACUAGUGCCUGUUUCCUGGUCAGCAAACACCAUUGUUGUCGAGUUCUACAGUCCAAUCAUCCCUGCUGGGCAGAAGAUGGAGAUCGGGGCAUCACUGUAUGUAGGAUGGGCUGCCUCAGCCCUGCUGGUGACUGGGGGAGCUAUCCUCUGCUGCAGUUGCCCUCCAAAGGAAGACAAACCACUGAAGUAUAACAUACAGCCCCAGAGUCGUGCAGCAUACUCAGCCGCUCCGAUGUCGGCAGCUCAAAGCUCCUAUACUAGAAAGGACUAUGUGUGA